AUGGCCCCCUGUUCUCAUAACAAGUGUCAUCAUAGUGCUCAUACUGAGCAGUUUAUUAGCAAAUCUUCAUGUGUUGACAGAUUCAUGUUCACUGAUGAUAGUGAAUCUGAUGUGGAAUCCUUGAUCAAGAACCUGAAGAAUGUGAUAAUGAAGAAAUUGUCUGUGUCAUGUGUGGCUGAAUCUUCAGCAUUCUCUCCUGUCUCUUCUGCUGCUUCUUCCCCUGCUGCUCCCUCUCAAUCUUCUACACUUGCCUCUGUGUCUGAUUCUUCUGCUCCCACUAUCCCUGUUCCCGUGAUCUCUACUUCUGCUACUCCUGAUUUUGCCAUCUCUGUCUUUCUUACUAGCUCUCUCUGUUUCAAGAAGAUGUUGCAUAGACUCAGUAAAUCACAUUUCUCAGUGUUUGCUUCAGUGUCAGAGGCUAUUCUGAUUGAAGAUGACAACACUGCUGAGACUAUCUUCUCUCACUCUCAAGCUUCUUCUAUUACUUUCUCUCCCUUCUUCUUCUCUGCAGAGAAGGUUGUGUGUACAUCAGAUUGUAAGUAUUCUGUGCUCUUCUUCAAUUUCUCUACGCAGCAGUAG